CGGGCGUGUAACGGCCGUUGGGCGAGCUGAGGGACCGAAUCGUCGCCCGCGGUAGACGUGGUGGCCGAAGUCCGUGUCCCUGAGUGAGGGAUUUCGCCGCCCACUUUCAGGCCCUCUUGGCUGAAAUAACUGGUGGCCAUGCAGGAGAAAUACCCAAGUGAGAGGAUCUCUCACAACACUUCACCAGGUUCCAGUGUGAUUCAGAAGGGCAGUUCUCUGGGGACUGAAUGGCAGACGCCAGUUAUCUCAGAGGCCUAUCGAAGCCGCUUCAGCCGCUGUUCAAGUGUAGCUGACAGUGGGGACACAGCCAUUGGGACAUCGUGCUCAGACAUUGCAGAGGAUUUUUGCAGCUCAAGUGGCAGCCCUUCUUUCCAGCCCAUCAAAAGCCACGUAACCAUUCCAACAGCCCAUGUGAUGCCUUCUACUUUAGGGACCUCUCCUGCCAAGCCAAAUUCUAUACCUGCUGGACCUUCUUCAUCCAAACUCCCUUUGUCAGUGUUGGCUGAAAGUGUGGGGAUGACAAGAAAUGGAGACCUCAGUGCAAUGAAACGUUCUCCGGGCCUGUCUAGAGAUCUUAUGUAUCCCUGUGGUGCUACUGGAGAAAAUGGAAUUGAGCAGUCCUGGUUUCCAGCAGUAGGCCAUGAAAGAGAGGAAGAAAUGAGGAAGUUUGAUAUUCCUAAUAUGGAAUGUACCCUGAAUCAUUCGGCAAUGAUGGAGACACUUUAUUCAGAUCCCCACUAUCGAGUCCACUUCCACAACCCAAGAACCGACACAAACAAGGAGUUGUACAAAGUGUUGCCUGAGGCCAAGAAGGCACCAGGCAGUGGGGCAGUGUUUGAGCGGAAUGGACCACACCCUAGCAGUUUCUCUUUGGGACUCCAGCCUGCUCCUGGUCUUUCCAAGCCUCUACCCUCUCAGGUGUGGCAGCCGAGUCCUGACCCUUGGCAUCCCCAUGAGCAAUCUUGUGAACUCAGCACUUGUCGGCAGCAGCUGGAAUUAAUCCGUUUACAGAUGGAGCAAAUGCAGCUUCAGAAUGGAGCCGUCUGCCACCAUCCUGCUGCUUUUGCUCCUUCACUGCCCAUCUUAGAGCCAGCACAGUGGAUCAGCAUCUUAAACAGUAAUGAACACCUUCUAAAGGAAAAGGAGCUCCUCAUUGACAAGCAGAGGAAACACAUCAAUCAGCUGGAGCAGAAAGUGCGAGAGAGUGAACUACAAAUCCACAGUGCCCUUCUAGGCCGCCCUACCCCCUUUGGGGAUGUCUGCUUGAUGAGGCUGCAGGAAUUGCAGCGAGAGAACACUUUCUUACGUGCACAGUUUGCACAGAAGACAGAAGCCUUGAGCAAAGAGAAGAUUGAGCUUCAAAAGAAGCUCUCUGCUUCAGAAGUUGAAGUCCAGCUCAUCAGGGAGUCACUCAAAGUGGCAUUGCAGAAGCAUUCAGAGGAGGGGAAAAAACAGGAAGAAAGGGUCAAGGGUCGUGAUAAACAUAUCAAUAAUUUGAAAAAGAAAUGUCAGAAGGAAUCAGAACAGAACCGAGAGAAGCAGCAGCGUAUUGAGACCUUGGAGCGCUACCUGGCUGACCUUCCUACACUGGAAGACCAUCAGAAGCAGAGCCAGCAGCUUAAGGAUUCUGAGAUGAAGAGCACAGAGCUGCAGGAGAGAGUGACUGAGCUGGAGAGAUUGUUGGAGGAGACCCAGGCAACUUGCAGAGAGAAGGAGGUUCAACUGGAAAGUCUGAGACAGAGAGAAGCAGAAUCCGUCUCUACUAGACAUAGCCUGCAAGAUAAGCAGUCUGUGGAGGAGGCCAGUGGUUCAAAAGCAGAAAUGGAGUCCUGGCAGAAGGAGUGUGACUCCCUCCGAAAGAUUGUAGAGAAGCAACAGCAGAAGGUGGAUCAUUUGCGCUCGCAAGUACAGAGUCUAGAGCAGGAAGUGGCUCAAGAAGAAGGAACAAGCCAGGCCCUGAAAGAGGAGGCCCAGCGAAGGGAGACAGCCCUGCAGCAGCUGCGCACAGCCGUGAAGGAGCUUUCAGUGCAAAACCAGGACCUAAUUGAGAAGAAUCUGACACUCCAGGAACACCUGCGCCAGGCCCAACCAGGGCCUCCAUCUUCACCGGACACAGCUCUGCUGGCACUUGAACUGCAUCAGGAGUUAGCCACUUGCCUUCAAGAUCUGCAGGCUGUCUGCAGCAUUGUGACCCAGAGGGCCCAGGGCCAUGACCCCAACCUCUCCCUGCUCCUGGGCAUUCACUCGGCACAGCACCCAGACACUCAGCUAGAUUUGCAGAAGCCAGAUGUGAUCAGGAGGAAACUAGAAGAGGUUCAACAGCUACGUCGUGACAUCGAGGACUUAAGGACCACCAUGUCAGACAGAUACGCCCAGGACAUGGGAGAAAACUGUGUCACACAGUGAGGAAUGCUAGGGGUGGGACAGGCUGUAUUCCCCCAGGGAGGCUCUGGGCUGCUGAGAGCCUAGUCCAGCAGGUUCCUGCCCUGCCAAUCUCUUGCCUCCUGUCUACUGCUAUUCCCAGAGAGGAGGCUGAGAGAAGAUGAGAUCCUGCAUCUGGGGGCCAAGGGCUGAUUAAGGGACUGUGCCUGCCCUGCCCCACACUGGCUUUGCCUUGUUAAAUUUCAUUUGUCCUGUUUUCCUAAUUUACCCUUUGAUGGUGAGUUACUAAUUAACUUUUGCAGGUACAACUGAUAAGUCCCUCACAAACUGUUCCCAGCCCUAGGCUGACAUCAGAGGCAAACAGGCUGCAUACCUCCCUUUUCCAUCCUCUGGUAUAGACCCUCGUUCAUUCCCACUCCAUACUUUGAUCCUGCUGAUGCCCGGAGCUUUUUGGAGGGGCCUGGAAAGCCUGAGUACUGGUAACUGUGGCCAUUUGAGAAUUCUCAAGCCCCAUGUGCCAGCCUACUUGUGAACUGAACUGGCUUUCUGGGUUUUCUCAGGCCCGGUCCCAUUGCUUUUUCCUCAGGGCUGUUGUACUCGCAGAAGCCUCAGGGUGAUCUGUUCAUUAGCAGAGUACCCACUAGGAUUGGGGACCUAGGUAUUACAGCCAGGGCUCCUUAAUCUGCCAACCAUGCCAUUUUCUUUCGCUGCCCUGGAGCCCUGGCCAUGUGGUUAGCACAGCUCCCUUCUCCUUUGUUCUCAGGCCUUCCAGGUAUCCCUCUUCUAGGGCCUGGAGUGCAAACUCUUCUCUGUGUUUCUGGGCUUGGGCAAAAUUUUUUCCUAGAAGGCCACAGGGCAACUAUCAAGCUGCUCACCUGUUUCUCCAGGGAGGGAGCCUAUGCCCAGCCCUCUGAUUUGUGCCUCUCCUGUGUUGGGGGUGGGAGGUCCUUUCUCUUUCCUGCUGUGGCCUCCUUGAAAUUUCAUAGUACCUAGUACAGGUCAGCUUUAAGAUACAGCUUUUGGUGUUUUCUGGGUUUUGUUUGUUUUCCUGGGGCCUUUGGACCCUCAGCUUUCUGGUUUUUCUUGCCUCCUGGUUUAAGGAGCAUCUCACAGUUGUUUGUCUAUGGUUGUUGCGCCAGCCCCAGGUCUCCUCUAGAUCUGGAGCAAGGCCAGGCAGGGGCCGUGUGUGAGUGUGGGGGAGCACCAAGCAGUUCAGGAGCCCGGAGUCAGCCACUACAAGGUUCUUGCUAAGCUUUGGGCUGUUGGCAGCAUCCUGGACCUCACUCCUGAGCCUGAAUGAGGCUCUUUCUUAAGUGUUUUUAGAAGUUUGUGUUUUAUUUAUGGAGUGACUUAUCUCUUCCAUUCAAAGCUGCCCCACCCAUCCAUGCGCUCAGCCUCUGGGCUCCUGCCUCCUAAAAGCAGAGCUGCCUGGUUGGUCUCCACCCUGUGUUGGGAGCCCAGCCACUAUGCUCAUGGGUAUUUUUCCUCCUAAAGUUUAUAAGCAGUUAUUUAUAUGAAUCUUUGUUAUGUCAACUGGUUUGUAUUGCCUAUUUUGAUUACAAAAUAAAAUAUUUAACAGAC